AGGCAAUCAAAGGUUGCGCUACUUACAUAUGUUAGGGGUUAUGUCGACGCAGUUGGUUACUAGUUUCCAAAAAGGGUGACACUGGAGUUUAUCCUCAGAGCAUCCAAAACUUUUUGUAUCAGUAAGGUCAACGUCUGUUUUCCGAGAACAACUGAUAAAUUUACCGACAGUAAUGUUUAAAACAUAACUUGACGUGAAUUCGUAGGGAAAAUAGACCUUUUGGUGUUAUUGUAAGUGGAAAGUAGACUGUAUGAUGUUAAAUUAAGCUAAGUUUAGGGCGUUAAUUUCGAGAAGCCUGUUUUAAUAGGGAGAUUUAGGAUUAAAUAUCUCACUAUUUUUAUCACGUGCUGCAGCUAUUAUGGGGAACAAGAAAACAGUUUGGUACAAGAUCCCCUUUAUUCGCACCGAAUUUCCUUAUUAAAUGCUAGUUAAGUUUCCUCAUUUUUUUGAGUUGCUGUAGGAAUGAAGAUAAAGUUGUGUUAAAUAAUUACUUGACGUCAACGUAAAACAAUAACUAAUCAUAUACGGACGAAUACAAUAACUAUAUCCCCUAGACUGUCUCUGGGCACGUUAUACUAAAGAGCGAAGAGGCAUUGUCAAGUGAUCCUCCACUUUAUUUUGAGAUCUAUUUCUGCUGGUCUUUUGAACCAUAUGUUCUUUCACAGGUUUUCUUUAGUCUCCUGAUGUGCAUUUUAAAUAAAGGCUUUGUCAUUUAUCUAUUCGAGACAUUCAAAGUGUUACUAUCUACGUUUCUGGCUAACAAUGUCACUUACUAUUUUUAGGUUCAAACCUAAAAUAUGGUAACCAGUGGAAGUAGUCUUGAAAACAGAUUCUUCCAAAUCAGGGUGAUAAUAGUAUCACGUAGAAGUGGUGAAAGUUGACACAUUUAGCUAACAGUUCAGGCGACACUUUAGGUUGUAGUUUUAGACAAUGUUACAUCCUUCAGUGUGUAGUAGUACCUAUCCCUUCUUUAACUUUUAUUACUAGGACGUAACAGAAUUCGCCGGCCUUUAUUUAUGUCUUGAGAUGUAAACGACUGGUUAGUUCGGAAACUUCUAGUUUUAUAUUGAUAUGGAGUUGGGGGAAUAGAUUUUUAACCUGUCAAUCUCCCACCAAACUUUGUAUACUAAAACUUCAAAGGCAAACCAAUACAUACUCGGUGUAUAGUAAUCCUAUAGGGCUCAAAACUUAAUAUUAGCAUUUGGGCAUGCAAACUGCUUUCAUUCAUUACACAUGUCAUAUUCAUAUUUUUCCAUUGGCAAAAUUUACUCUUAGAGUUCAGGAAGGUGAAUUGGCGACAUUCAUAAUGCUGUUUAAUUACAAACGCGUUAAUUUUUACAUCAUCUGUUAAAUAUUGGUGGUGGUAUAGAAAAUGAAUGUUGAUGUCAUUCCAGAGUCACUGAAAACGGAAAUAGAAGAAAUAGCUCUAAAAUCGGGAAUUGAUGUACGUGAUUAUGCUGCUCAAGUUGAAUCAGAGUUAACGAAAAUAGAAGAAUCACUUAUAAAGACAUAUAUAACGGUCAGUCCUGAAGUAGCUAGUUUGCAUAACCAAAUUAUCUCAUGUGAUGCUAUCCUAGAGCGGAUAGAAAACAUACUGACUAAUUUUCAUGAAGAUUUGGGUGCCAUUAGCACAGAAAUCCAGGAUUUGCAAAGUAAAUCUCUACAAAUGAACACUCGGUUGCAAAACAGACAGGUUGUUCGGAGUAAUUUAAGCCAGUUUCUUUCAGAUAUGGCCAUUCCUGAAGAGCUUAUACGACAUAUCAUGUACACUCCUGUUACUGAACAAGAGUUCCUUGAAAACCUUCAUGAAUUAAAUCAUAAAAUGAAUUUCUCGUCAGAGCAAUCUAUGGUGGAUUACAAAUCAUUUAACGAUGUUAGUGUACUUCUAAAAAAGUUGAGAAUUAAGGCUGUUACAAAAAUCCGGGAAUUUCUGUUGGGUAAAAUAUACUCCUUACGUAAGCCACUUACAAAUUAUCAAGUUCCUCAAAACCAAAUGCUGAAAUUUCGAUUUUACAAUUCGUUCCUCUUAGCUCAUGAUCGAGAGAUAGCUAAAGAAGUUAGGGUGGAGUAUAUCAAUACGAUGAGUAAAGUUUACUACGCCUAUUUUAAGGCUUACGGUGGUAAAUUAACCAAAUUACAACUUGAUACAACUUAUGAAAAAGAUGAUUUAUUAGGGAAAAAUCCAGAUAAAUACAAUUCUGCAUCAUCUACAUCCAGUCUGAUGUUCAAUUCAAUUACUAAUGUUACUAAUAAUCCAACCGUAUCAGUGUCUUCUAAUUCUGGAACACGUGUUGGACUUUUUGGAUUAAGUGAUCGUGCACUUCGUGUACUUGGUAAAUCGAAUCUAGAAAGUGCUGUUAUUUUACCACAUGUGGCCAGCAACGUGGAUGCUAAAUACCCUAUUGAAGUUUUAUUUCGUUCCAUUCACUACGCGCUUCUGGAUACUGCAUGUCGAGAAUAUUAUUUUCUGUCAGAUUUCUUCCUUCUUAGCACGGAAACUGAGUCUGUUGAUUCACCACCAUCUUGUGAUCAAAGUACACCCAAUCAAGGUCGAACUCAAAGUGGUGUAGCCUUAGCUCAUUUAUUCGAGCAAGUUAUGAAUCGUAGUUUAAGUUGGAUACAUAAAUUUACUGGGACUUUCAUGAUUUCUUCUUGUUCUCAUGAUGCAAUCGGUUUAUUAAUUUGUCUCCAGCUUUUACAUGCUUUGCUUCGUCUGGCUAAAGAGAGAGGGGUACCUGUGUUGGAUGAUUUUUGGGGUAAAAUGACUGAGACUUUGUGGGUACGUGUUACUGAUAGACUGGAUGUACAUAUAGCAUCCAUGCUGCAGUAUUUGGAUGUCAGCAGUUUUAGUACAGAUGCUCGUGAUAUUAUGAAGUCCAAUUUAUCCACCCUAAAUGUCAAUAUACCUACAAAUGCUACCGGAAAUACCACUGUCAGUUUACACCCUAAAAUGUAUGCUCUUAUUCGUCCUCAUUGGAUAGCCAGACGUUAUGCUGAAUUAGCUGCUAGCCUACAUUCAAUCGGACAUCAAUUCCCUGGUACUCCACUUUUUGAUGACAGUAUGAGUAAAUCUAAGAGUUCAGAGAGUUCAAAUUUACAGUACUCUUUACACAAUGAACCAACAUUUCAACAAAAUCUUGCAAAUUUGAAGCCUGCUUUAGACCCUCGUAUCCUCAGUCGUUUGGCUCAAUUGCAAAAUCAAUUUGAACAUGUACUGAAUUCUCUAGCCAAAACAUUUUCACGUCCAAAAUUAGCACACAUAUUUCUAAUCAACAAUUAUGAUUUGGUUAUAAGUGUACUAACUGAACAUGGAGCUGCUGAUUCUUCCGAGGUUAUUCGAUGUCGUGAAGCUGUAGCGAAGCAUAUGACAUCAUAUAUCGAUGAAGCCUUGUCACCUUAUUUUGGUUGUCUGAUAUCUUUUGUUCGCGAUGUCGAAGCCAGAUCAACUAGUGAAAGUCAUCAUCUGUCGAAAAAUCAAGACGAAGUGACCCAAAAUAUUCGUAGUGAGGAAGGUAUUAUACUGCCAUUCAUUGUUAAAAUAACAUUAUCUAUGGUUAUCGUGGUAUCUAUGUACUUUAAAGAAUCUUUCUGGAUUCUAGAUUUUCUUUCAACUCUAUUAAAUCUCUCUGAGACAAAAUUUAUAAUCAUAGGCUGUCUUAGAUAUUAUUUUGCUCGACUGCAUAUAGAAACUAAAGUUGGCCGUUUAAAAUUCUGGAUCACUCUAGCUGUAAAUAGCAGUAUAUUAUCGCAUGUUUCUAAUUUGUUACUCAGAGAUUAAAAAUAAUGAUAAAGUAAACUAUUGUGUCUCCUAAAUUGCAUGCAUUUUUUAUUCACUAUUCUUUUUUGACUUCAUCAUCAACUGUGAGAAUGAUUCUGUAAUUAGUAUUAACAUGAAUGUAAAUGAAGUGGUGAAGUGUAAAUUGAUGAAAUUAUUCAAAUAUUAAGGAACAGUCUGUAGAUCUUAAUAAAUCUUGUUUUAUGUAAGGAUUAACUGGUAAGUUUUCUUGUGCGUUCUUUAUCAUCCAAUUUCUCUCACUUAGUAACACUUAUAUAUGAGAUUUGUGAAUAGAAGAUGAAAGGAAGAACGAACUCUUUCCACAUUCGAUAACAGAGUGAUUACAUGUAAAAAAGUGUGGAGUGUUAAUGAAUACGUUAGCAGCUUAACAGUACGGUGUCUGCAGUUAUAUGAUACAUUUUUUAAUAAACCUAUGUUUUCUAUCCCUGCUACUUUCUUUACUUGAAGAACAGUAUUAGUUAUCAUGUUUACAUCGACGAUAAUUGAUUUGUGGUCUUCAUAGUCAAGUUAUUGUAGCAGUAGAAAUAUAUUCUUGAUUCCCAGUUAUCAAAUUUUAUUUUGCAUUGUUCAAAAUAAUCGUAGGCAUUAUGGUUUAAGGACACUAUGAUGUCAUUUGUCUUCAUUCAGGUUGUUUCUUUCGAGAAAUAGUGAAUGCUUAUGUAUUUAACUUUAUUGGGUUUAGUUACAAAAAAUGCGUAUCAAGGUAAUUACUUAUGGAGUUUCAUUUAGGUCCCAGUAGUAAAAUGUUAUCCUAGGGUAAUUACAGUGGUUUUACUUGUUUGACAUUUUCUAAUUGAAACAAACUAACUUCACUUCAAUAACUUAAGUGAAAUAAAGCAAUUCAACUUGCAAAAGUCUUUUUCCUUCUUUGUUAAGGAACAUAACAAAAAUGUGACUCAAUUUCUCAAUAACGGAUUUUAGAUGAACCAUAAGUGCUUAAAAUAAUCUUAGUCUACUACCUAUCGUGGAUUAAUCUAAUUGUUAUUUGACUUCAAAGCAGGCGGUCAACGUGAUUUGAUGUCACAAAAAUACCGCUGUACAAGCCAUAUAUUGUCUUUGGUCCUAAAUAUUAUCGUUCGUGUUAAUGUAGUAAAGCCGACUGAUAAGUUUUCAGCUAAAUAGUCACUUACGCCUGUAACCCUUCGUGGAGAAGAAUAAACCGCCCACCAGCAUUCCCCAUCUAACCCUGUCUUCGGGAAUAUUUUCUAGUUGUCUCCAGUUUCUAUUCAUCUUUCUCAUGUCUGCUUCCGAUUCCCAAUGCAGUUUGUUCUUUGGUUUUCCACUUUUCCGUUUCCCUUCAGGAAUCCAAGUUAGCGCUUGUGUCGUGAUGGAGUUUGGUGAUUUCCGUAAUGUAUAUCCUAUCCACUUCCAGAGUCUUUUCCUAAUUUCCUCUUCAGAUGGGAACUGAUUUCUUCUCUGCCACAAUAGGCUGUUGCUGAUUGUAUCCGGUGAACGGAUAUUGAGUAUCUUGCAUAAACAACUGUUUAUAAAUACUUGUAUGUGUUUAGUGAUGGCUAUAGUCGUUCUCCGCGUUUCAGUUCCCUACAGUAGAACUGUCUUGACGUUCGUAUUGAAGAUUGUGACUGUGAUAUUGGUUGACAGUUGUUUUGAGUUCCAUAUGCUCUUCAGUUGUAGGAAAGUGACCCUUGAUUUGCCAAUCCUCACCUUUACGCCUGCAUCUGAUCCUCCUUGUUCGUUGAUGAUCUUUCCCAGGUACAUGGAAGAUCCCAUCUCUUCCAGAGCUCCACUUAAUGUGAUUGGGUUGGUGUUCUCCGUGUUGUAUUUGCGAAUUUCGCUUUUUCACUUGUGUAUGUUGACCCCUACUGAUGUAGAGGUUGCUGCUGCACUAGUUGUCUUCAUCUUCAUUUUGUGUGUGUAUGGGAUAGAAAAGCUAGGUCAUUUGCGAAGUCCCACCAAAUGGUAUCAAUCAGUUAUUUGGUUGAAGAUUCAUUCGGAAACAUCUCUCAUGAUGCACCACUGAGAUUCUAAAUAGUGUUGUAGUUUAUAGUAGUUUGAAUACUUGAGGAUCUUUUGAAGACUGAAUUAUAAACUAGUUAUGUUAGUAUCUUAUCAAAGCAUAUCUUGAAAUACAUAUAUUUUUUAAUUAUCACUACAUCAAAAUGUCUUACAACCGAGAAAGAUAAUGUAUUACACUGAACAAUACUUGAGUUAUUUGUAUUGCUAAACAAUAUGGUAAACAGUGCGCUAUGUUAAUUUUAUGGUGAAUAGUGAUAUUUUGUAGGUUUAGUCUGCAGUUAUUUCAUUUUAUACCUUCACACCUCUAUUUCUCAUCAGCUCGGGUAACACGAAUAGUGAAGGGCUUCAAUAUUGAUUGGAAGAAUUCGAUUGAAAAAAUACAUGAUGAAAUCAUGAUGGAGUUUGCCAAUUUUACCUUGGGGACACAAAUAUUUCAGGGUUUACUUGCUCAACUUAUUCAACAUUACCAUCGUUUUCAAAAAGUCAUGACACAAAGUCCCUACAAAAAUAUGCCUAUACGUAAUCAGUUGGUAAAUAUACAUCAGAUUACAAAUGAAAUGAAAAAGUGUAAAACAAACUUUUCUUAAAGUUAAUUGGAUACAUCUUGCAUAACAUUAUCGUCAUCAUCAUCGUCGUUUUGGUAAACAUUUCAAAUCAUUCCAUUUUGUCGUUUUGGUUCUUUUUUGUUGAAUUGCAUUUUAGUUAUUUCGUUCUUUAUCUAUGUAUAAAGUGUUUUUCGUGCUACUACAAUGUGCUUUGAUGAUUUAGUUGUUGUUGAUGUUGAUGACUGAUGAAUCUUUAUUUUCCAACCCCUAUUCUCAAAGUAUGUAUUUAUAUGUUCUAUCCUUUUUCAGCUUUGUUUACGAUGUGUUUUAUCAUCAGUAUUUUUAUUUUGGAAUAAUAGUUUUUAAUUUUUUGUUUUGUUAUUUAUCUUUGCUCUAUAUUUCCACUUAUCUUGCUUUGCCCUACUAUUUGUGUUUUUUUAACUGUGGUUGUGCUAGUGUAAUACUUUUUGUUG